AUGUCCACAGGGCAGAUUGAUACCCUCCUUGAUCUCUGGGUGGCAAUGCUCAUCCAAUAUGACAAUUCCCCUCCAUUUGCCUCGCACCGUGACCUGUAUGACACCAUUGAUUCGACGCUGCUUGGUGAUGUUGCUUGGGAGAGUUUUUCAAUGUCAUAUAAAGGAGUCAAGCCAGCAGAAGAUGUUCUGCCAUGGAUGAAGGCAACAUAUGAAGUAUGUGACUGGGCUUGGACACAAGCAGAUAAGAUUGCCAAGGAUCCAGAGAUGCACAGAUCAACCUUCAUGCCUCUGAUUGUUGGGAGUGACAAGACUACAGUAUUGGUAGCUACAGGGCACACCAAAUACCAUCCACUAUAUCUCUCAAUUGGAAAUGUCUUCAACAGUGUUCAAUGUGCACACUGCAACAGCCUUGUAUUGGUAGGGUUUCUCACAAUACCAACAACCACCAAAGAAUAUGCUGAUGACAUUGACUUUUGA